AGCGCCGCGCUUCCCGCGCUGACGCGGGCGGCGCGCAAGAUGGCGGCUCCCAUGCAGCUCAGCUGCUGGGGCGGCGACUGGGGGCUACCGUCCCUGCACCCGGAGUCUCUAAUCGUUAUGGCUUAUGCCAAGUUUUCUGGUGCGCCCCUUACCGUGCAUACUAUAGAUAACUCAUGGAGAGCUCCAAAAGGAGAUGUGCCAGUUCUGAUAUCAGAAGAUACUGUUAUUUCUCAGCCAGCAAAAAUACUAAACUUCUUAAGAAAGCAGAAAUACAAUGCAGAUUAUGAGUUGUCUGCAAAACAAGGAGCUGACACACUGGCAUAUAUUGCACUUCUUGAAGAGAAGCUCUGUCCUGCAUUGCUGCACACUUUCUGGGUUGAGGCUGAAAACUACUGCAAUGUGACAAAGCCAUGGUUUGCUUCAAAGAUUUCUUUCCCACUGAGGUUGUACCUGCCUGGAAAGAUGUCCAGAGAAGCACUGAAUAGGAUAUUACUGACCAAGGGUGGGCCUCCACUCUACAGUCUCACUGAGGUGGAAGCACAGAUAUACAGGGAUGCCAAGGAGUGCCUAAAUCUCCUGUCGAAGAGAUUGGGAACAUCUCAGUUUUUCUUUGGAGAUAUGCCUACUACCUUGGAUGCCUUUGUGUUUGGUUUCCUUGCACCCAUUUAUAAAGUGUGCUUCCCUAGAGUACAGUUACAAGAGCAUUUGAAACAGCUUCCCAAUCUGUGUCGAUUCUGUGAUGAUAUUUUAAUUUGCUACUUCAGGUUAACUGUUGCAGGCCAUUCUCCAGCUGGACAGGAUAUAGCAGAUGCUAAUCUGCAGAAACUCACACAGCUUGUAAAUAAGGAAUCCAACUUGAUUGAAAAGAUGGAUGACAACCUCCGUAAGAGUCCUCAGCAUCCCCCCCGAAAGCUAACGACACUCAAGCUUGCUGCAGGUGGAGAAGAAAUAACUCCGCUGAAUCGUUUGUCGCCUUGACAGCUUUUGUUGCCCAUACACAUGUGUUUGCCUUCAACUCUUAGGAGCACCACAGUGUAUUUUUUCACAUGAUUGUUGUUUUGCAAGAAAAGACUCUGUUAAUGGGUGUAAGUAGGGAAGAAACACAGCUUUACAAUCUCUUAUCUACCAGUGCUUUAAAAAAAUUCUGUAGUUCAGGCUGAUCACACACUAAGCUAAGGCAAAGAUUAACACAAGGCUUAUUCCUGCAGACAUUAAAGUGUUUUUGUAUAGCAUAUUUUUGCAUUUAGCCUAGCAGAAAUGUUGACCGAAAGUUAAAAUCUCACUUAUGGAAUGUUCAACCUUAUUUUGUAGGUUCUGAUCUUACUGUAAUCAUGUUACAAGAUGUGAGUGGGUAUACUCUUUUAUACCCUGUAUACUCUGAAAAUUAUGAAGUAUAGUUGCAAAAUCUAUGAAAGGGCUGCAGAAGCAAAUGAGAUGUUGGCUCUGCAUGGCAGUUGAGAAGUGAAAAUCAAUGGAAUAAGUCAAACAUUUUUUGCUGUGCUUUCUUGAAGGCUUUUGGGCCUUGCAUUUUAAGGUCAAUUAUAUUUUUGAAAGCACAUCAGAUUCUACUUUCAAGGGGAUUGCUGAAAAGCAUUACUGACAUUUCACAGGUACCUGGUGUUAGUCCUGUGUGAAACAGGCAUAACCUGCACACAGGGUAAUACCACAUGCUGCAAUACCAGUGAGUCAGAAUCAGAGGACUGACUGGUAAUAAGGGGGAGAAGCUAGACAAGAGACUUGACUAGCAAACAUUGAUCUAUGUGUUGAAAGUUACUGGUUAAGGCUUUAUGAGAAAGCUGAUGUAGGCUUUUCGGUUUGUUGUAGAUGCCUUUAAUUAGUUCUGUCUUAUUUUUAAUAACCACUACAAUUCUUUCAAAACCUGAAGAGCAUCUGAAGUUUCAUUGUUCAACAGUCUGCUUUAGAGUUCUUUAUCUGUGCAAAUGUAUUACAUCACAAUGCCUCUUUCUUCUGUUUUAUUAAGGGACUUCUAUCUCAUUACAUUUUCUCCUACCAGUGUUUUCUCUUGGCAGUUCUAGAGACCCAAACAGUACUGUUACAAUAGAGAUGCUGCAAUUUUCUAUUGGCAGCAUAGUGGCAGAUGCUUCGUGAGUGGUUGUGAAGAGAAUUAGUCAAAGGGAUUGGCCAAAGUCCCUUCCAACACCUGUGAGUCUGUGAGCACUUCGGAUACAGAGUUCCAGUAGCUGUAUGCAUGGGAUGUCUGUUGCAUUUUUUUGCUUUUUCUGGCCAAACCGAAAUAGUCUUUCAGAUUCGUUGCAGCUACUGGUCAUGUUUGAGGGAUAUAGAGAACUAUUUCCUAUUUAUAAAGACAAGCCUGUAGAUUGUGUACAUACUGUACUUUCAGAUUUCAUUUGAAAGGAAUGUAAUUUCUUUAACGUUUCUUAAUUGAAAUGUUGACUUUUUAACGAGCACUUUAAAAUACUGUUUAAGCUUCAUGCUUUUACUAGAAUAUUUGUUUCAGUGAUUUCAAAUCAAUCUAGCUCAUGUUCAUGAUAGUUGUAUAAAAUGACAGUCCACUGCAUAUAAAAUUAAGUCAAAUAUUUAACAUUUUUACUGCCUGUGUCUUGAUAAGGUUUAAAUGAGAUAAAAUCUGAGGUCUUCAUUUUUUAAACAUGGCUAUAGAGAAGAUGCCUUAGUUUGUUGCGUUUGUGAAUAUGUACACUCAGUCCUUAAAAUCUCUUUGUAAAAAAGUUGUUGUUCCAAGAUUAAAAUUUUUGAUUUUUA